CAAAAUGUUUUCUUUUAAUCUUCCAUCCAAAAUAAACAGAUAAGAAACAUCGAGUACAAUAUGAAACCCAAACCCACGAAUUACCACACUAACAGGCAGGUGAAUAAAAUUGAAUAAAAUCACGAGAAGUUAGUGUGACUACGUCCUUCGCUCUUGCAGGACCCCAAACAUGAAUAUAAACUCCGUGAAAUAAUUUCGUAUCUUCAUUCUACCCUGGUAAAAAGCAUCACCAAUAAUACGGCGCUUUCUGCCCACAAUGGCGCCUCGACGGUACCCUAAGCGUUCCAGACAGACCAUAACAAUGGCGAAUGUCUUCCAUUCCCCCCCAGAAUAUGCAAAACGCUCAAAAAAAAGUCCAAUUGACUCGAAAAUGGCUGAAACUGCGAGAUCGCCAGAGUCCCUCCGCUUCGGGGGGUCAGAGCCUCUCUGCAUCAAGGAACUCAGUCCGAAGAUCAUACCCAGGGCUCCGAAGCUCAAGCUCAACCUUGACAUCCCCGAAGAAGACCCCGAUGACGAGCUCAACUACCCCAAAGACGGGAAUCUUCUCGAACGUACAAUUUCCAUCGACAAAGUCUGCGAAGAAAUGGCAUUUCUCCGAGAUCACGUGACAUGCAAUUCUCUGAGCCCGGAGGAGACUCACGACAAAAUGGCUUUAGAUCAGCCCCAGGACGAUAAAGCCGUCACGAUAGACCGAAAAAACAAAGCGAAUCACGAAAUACUCGGAAAUAUUUCGAGCUGUCAGCUCCCGACCGCCGAUUCCGAUCUCCAGACGUAUUUUCAUGCUUCAGAGACGACCGGAGGUGAUCCUGAUAAGCCGAAGACCAUGGAAAAUUCUCAGAGAAUGAAACAGCUUGAGGACGGUGAGAAAAUGGAGAGCUCGAGCUCAGUCGAAAUUAAUCAGCAGUCGUUAAUGUCUGCUCUGGCCUAUCCACUGUCUUCAGCUUCUAGUGAACACAGUUGUUCCAAAGAUGACGAGAGAACUCCACAAUCACAAGAAAUUCUAAGAGCGAGAUUCGAUGAAGGCGAUAAUUUCUCGAAGGGUCCUCGACAAAUGACAGUCGUUAGUAAAAUUGACGAGUUCUUUUCGAUCAGGGCGACUGAUUUUCCAAGUCAGUCGAUUGAUUCUACAUCGAACUCUGGGGGUAAACUUUUUGAUUUGACGUUCAGGGCAUCACCGCCUCCCAAGAGGUGUAGGACGACCCUGAGAUUUGAUGAGGUGAAAAUAUCGAGCGAGGAAAGGAGGAAACUGUGGGGUAAAGACGUGAAAUGUGGGGUUGGAAGUCUUGAAAAGAUUGGGGAGCCUGGGAAAGGAUUGGAGGUUGGCUGGGAGAAUUCAGGGGGGUCCAGAGGAUCACGGGAGGUUCAUAAGAUUGUGGAAUCUGGGUGCAAGACUAUUUCUCUGACGAUGGAGCCCUCUGAGCAUGAGGUUGGAGUGGAAAACCACUCCAGGACUGAUAGCAAUAUUAUCGAUGGUCGGGGAGUGAGGAUGAGAAUCAGGGAGGGCUGGGAACCUCUGGGAAGAAUCGUCGAGGUCCUCGAAUGGAUUGGGAGGAGGGUGAUAAUUUUCGUGAAGAGGGGGUUCGGAUUGGUCUUUAGGGUAAGUCUUAAUUCGAAGCAGAUGAAGGGAAUGGAGUCUGCGGACAUUGAAUUCGGAAAGAUACUGGAGGACGUCAAGAGAGAAAACGAGAAGAUGGUCUUCAAGAUAUCAGAGAGGAUCCAUUGUCUCUCGAAGGAGCUCGUGAAGACUUGUACAACGAAUCAAAAGAGUCUUUUAGAUUUGAUUAAAGAAGUCGAAACGUUGAAAAACACGAAUGAGAAAUUACUCAGUAGCAAUGAAACCCUGAGAACCGAUUUGAAGAGUUUAUCGGAGGCUCUGGAGACAUUCAAAGAGAAUUCAAAAGUCCCAGCAGCUGGAUGUUUCAUUCCACCUCCUCCACCUCCUCCACCACCCCCUCCGCCGCUUCCUGCAGGUGGAUUCGGAGGUCCACCACCUCCUCCACCUCCACCGAUGCCCUCAUUAUUAAUAACUACUCCUAAAACACCCUUCCUGACGACGAAAAAAUCGCCAACGAGAAAAUGCUCAACCCCCCUGGAGGGCAGACCGUCCAUCACCGUCGAGGAUCUUCUCAAGGUCACCCUGAAGAAGGCACCCCAACAACAGAAGGAACCUCGAGGAACUCCCGUGAAUGCCAAGGGUCCGGUAGUUUCCCUGGACAUGCUCAGGAGUGUAAAACUCAAAUCUGCCAGGCGCAGAAGUACUGAUAACACGAGAUCCCCUCGCAGAGUCCAUCCUUACAAGCCCAGGAGCACUCAGAGCUUAUCAUUAUCACCGAUAACAGCGAGGGAACACAGUCCUCUUCACAGGAUUCUUCGACAGGUCGACGGUAAUCGGCGAGGAUUCAGGAGGACAAUGAGCCCGACACAAAGUUCUCAGAGUGAUCACGAAAUUACCAGGGAAGGCAGGGAAAUCGACGCCAGGUGCAACAGAUCCCACUCGAUCAUCGCAUAAUUCAAUUAGCUGAUUGCUUCAGAAAAUUAUAAGGAUAAUUGUACAUAAGUUAUUUUAAGAUUCGAUUUACGGAGAUUGUCGAGCGCUUUAAGGGCCGAUCUCGAUUAAUGUCUCAGCGACGAGGAGAAUUUUACGUUAUUUAUUCUUCGAAUGUUUAGAGACGCGGAUUUAUCACUUUAUUAAAUGCAAGAAUUACUGAGAAUGUGGAAGACGGAGUAAGAAUAAAAUAACUUGCAGAGAA